AAAAAAAAGAAAAGAAAAAUCCCAUCUUAGCUGCAAAUUAUGAAGCUGGCGAAAAUGGUGAAUAAGCACAAUGGCGUUGCCGAAAGAGCAUGGAGUUUCCUCCGUGUAGCACUGAUACGGACGAUAAAAAAUGGGGUUUUCAAAAGACGGGUUAAGUUCCUCAAAGGCAUUGGACAUUAUGUAAAAGCUCCUCGUAAUGAUGAAAUCAGCUAUUAUAAGGAACGUCAGCUUUCCUUCGAUGAAACUCCUAUUUUCCACGUCAAGAUGCACCGCUCAGCCGUGGGUUCUUCCAUGCGCUUCCUUCUCCCUUGCAUUAGCGUCGAGGAAGUCGAUUUCGACUGCGAUUUCGGAAUCGACGAUGACUGUGGUGAAGAUUACGGGCACGAAUACGAUGGUGGAAGGAAGGUUGACUCAACAGUGCUCUCUGAUCAGCUGGCUGAGGCUGCGGCGGCGGAGAAAGAACAAAGGGAAGAGAAAGGGUGUGAAGAAGGGAUCGAUUCGAAGGCGGAGAAGUUCAUAGAUCAAUUUUAUGAGCAAAUGAAGUUGCAGAGACAGAUUUCUUAUUUGGAAUACACUGAAAUGCUAAACAGAGGCGCCUCUUGAAGCUUGUGGUCUUCGGCACAAAUCUAUCUUCGUUCACAAUUUCUUUUUGGAGACGCGGCCUUUUUUCUUUUGUACAUAA